AUUUUGAUAAAGUUAAAAAAUGCAUUGAUAUAUGAAAACAUCAUCUAUUUUGAAACAUUGAAAACUUUCUAAAACAUCAUCUAUUUAGAAACAGAGGGAGUAUAAGACAAGAUAGGUUCGGUUGAAAGUUGUAAAACUCAAAACCCUAAUUUCUACUCAGAUAGAGCCCCCUCCCCCUCAAACGUUUUCUCUUCCUUAGAGGAUACAAAACUUUUCUUAUCCCCUUAGGAUCGAAUCCACAAGAGAAACAAUGAUGACUUCCUAUCUUCCGGCAGAUUUAGAAGAAGAAAUACUAUCUAGGGUUCCAGCCACAUCUCUGAUGCGAUGGAGAUCUAUUUGCAGACGAUGGAACACUUUAUUCUUCGAAGACCAAAGAUUCUCCGAGAAGCACUUUCGUAACGCUCCAAAGCAGCCUCUUGUUCUCAUGUUGACAGAAUAUAGGCUUUUUUUUGCGAGCGUAGAUCUGAAGUUUGUUCCUCCUUCGAUAGAAUUUAGUGAUGCACUUAGCCUAAAAAAUUAUUAUGUUUCGAGAGAUGCCCAUAUAGACACAGUUUCUCACUGCGAUGGUUUGUUGUUAUGCGCCACCGAGAGCGAACUCGUGGUUUGGAAUCCUUGUUCAGGGCAAACAAGGUGGAUCAGAGACCACGAUGGUAGCAGGUGGUUCCGUGGAGGGUCUUUGUUUAUGUUGGGAUACGAAAACAACCAAUCUUGCCGCAGCUAUAAAAUUUUGAAGUUUUACCAUAUAAUAAACUACGACGUCGACGUCCAAUAUGAAAGAUUUAAAAUCUAUGAUUUCAACUCUAAUAUGUGGAGAUUUCUUGAUGCUCGUAUUAAUCCUCGUAACUGCAUCAGUAACGAGUCUCAUGGUGUGACUUUGAAUGGAAAUGCUUACUGGAUUUCUUCUCACAACGAAGAGGGCGGCGACUUACUCAGUUUUGAUUUUACGAGAGAGAGAUUUAGACGUUAUCGUUUUCCUCUCACAUUUAGGCGUUGUCAUUAUCGGGCUCUGUCAGUUGUUAGAGAAGAACUCUCAGUGUUACGUUGGGUUGAUUCAAAUAUGGAGAUGUGGGUGACCAAUAACAUGGAUACUUGUGAAGCAGAUUUGUCAUGGACCAAAUCCUUUACAAUGGACUUUGUCUUAAAUAUUUAUACGAGUGUUUUAAUCGACGAAGAUAAGAAAGUGGCCUUGUGUGAUUCACCUUGUGAGGAAGUUGCAUUCACUAUUGGAGAGGAAGAUGAGUAUUACUCAGAAGUCCCUUUUGAAGGAGCGCGUUCUAGACAUGAACAUAUUUUUAAUUAUGUUCCAAGUUUGGUUCAGUUCCCCCAGCAAAGUAUUGAACCAGAUGGUUUUGGUAAAUGGCAUCAUAGAAGAUGGUGGGGUCAUAGGGUACGACGUUGUAAUGGAGGGUUGGAUUAUGACACCCGGUAUUCAGAAGAGACUGAUGAUGACAUGAUGUCCGAAUCAGAUGACGAAUGGGACUGGCGGGAGAUAGAGUGCACUGAUUUUAGCAAUAGCAGUCGUCGUGGAAACCGAGGUCGUGGGUGGACGAAGACGAGGUGUGCUACCUUAUAAGUUGUAACGCAAGGCGAUCUUUCCUCACCCGUUAAAUAUAUAUUUUUUUCUAUCCAGUGGAAAAGCCUGUUGUGUUUCAUUAUAUCUUAUUGUAUAAUCAUCACAGUUUCUGUUAGGCCUUUAAAAAUUUUAUAGUAAAAAAGGAACUCGCUAUCUUCUUGAAUGUUGCCCACCUGUUAGCUUUUGCGUUCCUAUUAUAUAUAAAGAAUUUAAUUGGUUUUAGUUCAGCCUAACACUAGAACGUGUUUGUUUGCCACUUGGUCAACGUUCUUCCUUCAUCUAUAUAGUUUGAAGAUGCGCUUAGCCUAAAUGAUUAUAAUAAUUUAGAACAUGCCGAUAGAGACAUAGUUUAUCCCUCUGGAGUUUGCAACUGAUUGUUAUUGCUUUGUUUUCUGGUCUACUACAAGCCAGAGAGCCUCAACCUUUUUUUCUCCCUUAUUUCGAUCUACUAUAAACAUGGACCUUGGUUCAUAUGUCUUAUCAAAUACAAAUGGUUCAAGAAGAUCGAGGAAAGUUAUAAGGAGGACGAUUGGGAUCUUCUUUCUUCUUCUCAGU